AAUGAAUAUGUAUAUUGUUCUUUCAUUGCAGCAUUUUGGAACUGUAUGGUAGGAAUGUGUAUUUUGAGCUACCAGUUCUUUCAAAAAUCUGGUGUCGAAUUGGAGGCAUUUUCUUUGCCCAUCCAUGGACUAUGGCUACAUCAUGACCAUGGACCUGGAAAGAGUUAGUUUGCAUGUUUUUAUCAGCUGAUGUGACCUACAUUUUGGUUUGUAUGGCUCCAGGGCCUGAGGGUCCCUCCAUCAGACUCGUCAAUGUUCUCCGUGAGGAAUGCGGUCCCCCUGGGGUUUUCUAGGAGGAAGUUUGUCAAUAAUGCCAAUGUGAAGGAAACUGUUUCUCAAUGUCAGUGACAAUGUCGGUUUGGUUUGAAGACAUUAUGGGUCAUAGUUAUAAAAAGGGCUGACUACAAUCUUGUGCAAGUUCACUUAUGAAGAUUAAAUGCUAUGUACAAGGGUCAUGCUAUAAAUGGACACCAACUCAUCCAUGAUGCAAAGCAGUUCCCCCUUUUCUCUAAAUCAGGAGAGAUGUCAAAGUGGACCCUUUGAGAAUUGAAGUAUUGUACUCAGUCUAUUCAUUUAACAUGGGGGUAAAUAAUGUUUUGAAUUGAAAGGUCUGUCGAUAAACUGAAAAGAUCUCUCUCUCCCUGCCUGCAGGCUGCCUUCCCUAUAUCUCUGGCUCCCUCCAUGGCAGGUGAUGAUUACAACCCUGUUUCCCUGAGACAGAAACCCAAGAGGAAGACUCGAGGAGGCAAUGUGGCAAUGAGCAGACGGAGGGUCUCGGUUAAAGAGCUGGGGGAGUCGGACUACCAGGGCUGGCUCUACAGGAAGAAAGAAGGAAAGGCCUUCUUGGGUCUCAAAUGGAAAAAGUACUGGUUUGUGCUGAAGAAGACUUCCCUGUACUGGUACACUACUCAACUGGCAGAGAAAGCAGAGGGAUACAUUAACCUGACUGACUUCAUCAUCGACAGAGCCUUGGAGUGCAAGAAAAAAUAUGCCAUCAAAGCAUGUCACCCGCAAGUCAUGAUGUUUUAUUUUGCAGCUGAUACCUACGAGGAGAUGAACGUUUGGUUGAAUAAGCUUGGGCUUGCUUCAAUACAAUACGUACCAACAGAGAGCAACACUGCUGAGUGCUACAGUGAGGAAAGUGAUCACGAGGAGGCUGAGACGACAGAGGCUCCCCCUCCCCCAUACUCUGAGCAGAUGAACCAGGGCUCUGUGGAUGGUCCACCUGGCAGUGGACAUCAGGGUACCCUCCCUCCCCCCUACUCCUCUCCCCUUCCCAGUGAGACCAGUGGCUCCUUCUCCUCACCUGUCAGCACAAUGACAUCACAGAGUUCCGUGUCCUCACUGGCCAAGCAUCGUCAGUCCUGGCUGGACCUGGUCUCGCAGGCCUCUCCUGUUGUCGGGGAAACGGUGGUGUGCUCUGUGCAGGUCCACACACAUCGGCCCCCACAUAAUCAAGAGAACGAGGGGCCCCUACAGCACUACCAGGAGGCUUCAUCCUACCAGGACCCUCCAGGCAGCACAGCCAGGGAGGAGGACUUUAACCCCAGGGAGCAGAUAGAGGAGGUGGCUGUGCUAGAAAUAGGGACAGAAGAUGUGAACCAUGAAGCCACAUCUGAUGAGAUGGAGAGACUGUACAUCCACAUCAAGCAGGCCAACCUCUCUCCCAUAGGAGACCGCAAACCAUCCACCAAGAGGGACUUCAGAGCCUCCUUUAUAAAGAGAUGCAGAAACCAGGACGUUAACGAGAAACUGCACCUCAUCAGGACCCUCAACAGCACGCUAAAGGCAAAGGAGGCAGACCUGUUGACCAUUGAGCAGGUGCUGUCAGAACCCACCCCCUCCAGAUUCAGGGAAUGGAAAAAAGUCAACACACCUUUGCUCCAGGAGAUCUGUCUCAAGCAUGGACACCAGGUGGCAGCAGAGGUAGAGCCCUCCGCAGCAGCAGCCAAUGCCAUUGCUGUCCCCUUUGUAGAGACCAGUUUAUAAUGGAGUAGGAUGAAGUUGCCCCUAAACACUGAUCUAAGGUCAGUGUUGAGUUUACCCCACUAAUGCUUAUGGUUAAGAUUUGUGAUGGAUGAGCAGAUUGCGUUCAUGUGCCUAUGGGUAACUUUUACUCAGAAUGUUUAUAAGACUCACUGCCGUUAAUGUCUACCCAUAACCCAGUAGCACUAAGAGUUGUUCACAGGCAGCCUGGUCUCAUAGUAAACAUAAAUCCAGGAUGCUGAAAUUAGCAUGAUAUGUUACGUUUGGUUACAUAAGAUAGAAGAUUACUUAAAACAACAAAAACAGAGGGUGGUUUGUCGGGGUGGAUCUACUAAACAUGUUAGCUAAUCCUUUAACUUAACUCCUAACCUUAGCCUAGCUAGCAUUAGUCACCUGGCUAAACUAGCGAAUUGCAAUUUGUAACAUAUCAUAUGAAUUGUAAUUCAUGGCAUAUCAUCAGAAAUUGAUUGGCAGCCACAAAUUAAUACAUAUCAUACUAAAUGAAGGAAGACAGAUUGACAUUUUCUAUGAUUUACGUUUACUAUUACUCCUACCACCAUGUCCAGGUUGGCACAGGCCACAUUUUUAUCUAACUACAUAUGAUUGGAAGCAGCUCGUGUUGACUCUCCACUAAGUGGAAUCAUAAGAGGAAAGUGUAUAUUUUAAAGUUGGAGUUGAUGCAAACAUUGUAUUGUUGAUUGGAUGACAUUAUAUGGUUUUAUAUUGUUUAUGUUGUCAUUUAUCUUUUUAGGUUUAGAGAUGUAACAAUUUAGGUUUUUGUCUGUUGUGAUAUGUACAGUGUUUGCUUGCAUUUGUGUUAUCUCAAGUAGUGAGUGAUGGAACACUGGGUAAAUGUGUCCAUCUCUGAAAGCUAAUUUCCACAAGUGUUUGUUAUUUUGCAACAUGUUCGUUUGCCUAUAGGGCAAGGUUUUAUUUUCUAAUAGUUUUACAAACAGUUCAACAGACUUGCACUGCCUUGAAAUGUACAGUAUGUAAGCUUUUGAUACAAACUUUUGUGACUGUUAUCUUGGUUAUAUUUUGAUCAUGAUAUCGUUGUGGUUUUCCUAGAGACAUUUGAUCAUUCAACAUUGCUGUAUGUGAUAGCUGUUACAUUCAGGUCCUGAUACUUUCAUGGAGACGUUAUGUAAGCAUUCCAUUUUGUGCCAGCAACAAUGAAUCCUGAAUUGUAAUUUAUAUGAUUUAGCUGUGGAAAAUAUUUUGUUGUUUUAGCAUUGUAAAUAAAGUCAUUGUACAUAGGUAUAAAGUGUGUACAGUUCUAUUGUAUUUGAAUUGGUACAUUUUCAUUAAGUGACUGUAUAGAAAGAGUAAUAAAGAGUUCAAAUGCUCUGCAUUAUAAA